GUAGGGCAGCGGGGGGCGGGGCUUGUUGGAGUGAAAGUGAAAGUAAAAACUGCCAAACUGCUGACGCACUGAGGCAGAGAGACAGAGAGGGUUUAUUCUGAAUUCUCCACACUAAAUCCUUCUGGUGACCAUGAACCCCGCUGUGAUGAACACCUGUGAACAGGUGAGAGGAGGAUUCAGCUUCGACAACAGCCGCAGGAAUAAUGUGUUAGAGUCCAGUCUGUCUGAGCUCGGGUACAGAUCUCCUCAAGCCAGAAAAACUGGGACAACCAUCGCUGGAGUCAUUUAUAAGGAUGGAGUGAUUCUGGGAGCAGACACGAGAGCCACCGAUGAUGACGUGGUGGCUGAUAAAAACUGUAUGAAGAUUCACUACAUCGCCCCCAACAUUUACUGCUGCGGAGCGGGCGUGGCUGCGGACGCUGAGAUCACCACUCAGAUCAUGGCGUCCAACGUGGAGCUGCACAUGCUCAACACGGGGAGACCGCCGCUGGUUGCCAUGGUGACCCGGCAGCUCAAACAGAUGCUGUUCAGGUACCAGGGUCACAUCGGGUCGUCUCUGAUCGUCGGAGGGGUCGAUGUGACUGGAGCUCACCUGUACAGUAUUUAUCCUCAUGGCUCCUAUGACAAGCUGCCCUUCGUCACCAUGGGAUCAGGAGCAGCAGCAGCUGUUUCUGUGUUUGAGGAUCGAUUCAAAGCAAACAUGGAGCUGGAGGACGCAAAGACGCUGGUCCGUGAUGCGAUCGCAGCAGGGAUCUUCUGUGACCUGGGUUCAGGGAGUAACGUGGACCUGUGUGUGAUAACUGCGGGGGGCGUGGAGUACCUGAGAGGAUACGACAAACCCACCACCAAGGGGAAACGAGAGGGUCAGUACCGCUAUAAACCAGGAACCACGGCUGUCCUCACAAAAACCGUGACCCUGCUGGACCUGGAUGUGGUCGAUGAAUCUGUGCACAUCAUGGACGCAGAAUAAAACACAGAAAUACGAUCAUCUAUGGCGUAUCUACUCCCUGAGGCCUGGAAAAUAGAUAUAUUUGUGUUUUUACUCCAGCAUCUGAUUCAAAUAUGAUUAAACUUUAUUAAUAUGAGCAGCCGUUUAAUAAAGAAUCAUUAAAAUCA